AUGACUCUCACAACUACUACUACCACCACAGAGGCAACUAAGCUCGAUACCACUCCAGCAUGGAAGGACAUCAGCGCCAAAAAGAUCGAAGCUCUCAACUCAUCUAUCCCACAAGAAUGGCGCAUUCCUCAGGAUCUUCUUCCUCCUGUGGAUCAAGCAGAUGUCACAACAUGGCCAGAGGCAUCAGGAUGGUUUACAAAGGAUGAACUGGCUAUUACUUCUCUGACGGCAGCUGAACUCAUCGAAGAACUCGCUUCUGGGACACUCAAGUCCGAAGACGUCACCAGGGCAUUCUGCAAGAGGGCUUCUGCUGCUCACCAACUUACAAAUUGUCUAGCGGAGACAUGCUUUGAUCGCGCAAUCCAGACAGCACGUCAUUGCGAUAAGCACUUCUCCAAAACAGGAACACCCAUCGGUCCCCUCCACGGUCUUCCAAUCUCUCUCAAGGACAACUUCAACCUCAAAGGUCUUGAUGCAACCGUCGGCUUCACAUCCCAUGUCGGCGACCCUGCUAGUGCCGACUCUGCAUUGGCAACGCUUCUUCAAAAUGCCGGCGCUGUCUUCUACGUCAAGACCAAUGUUCCUACGGCUAUGAUGAUCGCAGAGUCUGUUAACAACACUUUUGGAAGGACUGUGAAUCCUAAGAAUAGGAACACUACCAGUGGUGGAAGUUCUGGUGGAGAGUCGGCGCUUAUUGCUUUCAAGGGAAGUCCUCUAGGUGUCGGAACAGAUAUUGGAGGAUCACUGCGUAUUCCCGCUGCUUGCACCGGCCUCUUCACCCUCCGUCCCUCGUCAGGCCGUUUCCCCGUCCGCAACUGCCGCUCAGGCAUGCCCGGCCAGGAAGCAGUCCAAUCCGUCAACGGUCCUCUCGGUCGAACCCUCCAAGACAUCCAACUCUACAGCAAAGCCGUAAUCGACUCACAGCCCUGGCUCGCCGACCCAAAAUGUCUCCCCAUUCCCUGGCGACCAGCCCAGCUCCCGGCCAAGUUGAAGAUCGCAUUCAUGUGGCACGACGGCAUGGUCCUCCCUACACCACCCGUUAUUCGAGCCCUGCGGAUCGCAAAGGAGAGGCUGGAAGCAGUUGGACAUACGAUUGUGGAAUGGGACCCUGUUGAUCAGAGGGAAGGUGGUGAACUUCUUCAGCGCAUGUUUUUGGCCGAUGGAGGACAGACGAUUCGCAAGGAGCUUGAGCGUACAGAUGAGCCAUGGAGACCUGAAAUGGCAGCUUACAGUACUGCGAGGGAUCUAAGUACUUCUGAGAUGUGGAGGCUUCAACUCGAGCGAACGGCUUUCCAGAACAAGUAUUUGGAUCGAUGGAAUAAGGCGGGUAUUGAUGCUAUUAUUUGCCCCACGACACCUUACAGCACUGGAAAGAAUGGUAGUCUGAAGCACGUCGCUUAUACCGGUGUCUUCAACGUUGUCGACUAUUCUGCCGUGUCAUUCCCUACAGGGAUCACCGUUGACAAGGACGGUGACCUGCUCGACUCUUCAUAUUCACCUUUAAGUCCAGUGUGCAAGUCUGUUAGCGAGGAUUAUGACGCUGAGCUGGUGCAUGGUCUACCAGUCAGUCUUCAGAUCGUUGCUCGAAGACUAGAAGAGGAAAAGGUUCUGGCAAUGGCCAAUCUAGUGCACGAAACCAUGAAGUAA